AUUAAAUAAAUCAAUAAAUAAUUUUUCUCCCUCGUUCAGUUCCUCUCAAGUUCGUAUCAUUUUGUUUUAAAACAUUCCAAAAUUCGUAUUUUAUAUAAAGCGGUUUCAGUCAGCGGUCGGGCGGAGGUAGCUGUGGUGGUGGUGGUUGCGGUUCGAUAUUCGAUCAGAUCGUGAUCCAAUGGCUGAAGACAAGUACAACCUCAAGAAUCCGGCGGUGAAGAGGAUCUUACAAGAGGUUAAGGAGAUGCAAUCUAAUCCUUCUGAUGAUUUCAUGAGCCUCCCUCUCGAGGAGAACAUAUUUGAAUGGCAGUUUGCAAUUAGGGGUCCCGGGGAUUCUGAAUUUGAAGGGGGGAUUUAUCAUGGAAGGAUCCAAUUGCCUGCUGAGUAUCCGUUUAAGCCCCCUUCAUUUAUGUUGCUGACUCCAAAUGGGCGUUUCGAAACCCAGACUAAGAUUUGCUUAAGUAUAUCGAAUCACCACCCGGAGCACUGGCAGCCAUCUUGGAGUGUGCGGACUGCUCUAGUGGCACUGAUUGCUUUCAUGCCAACCAGCCCAAAUGGUGCCUUAGGUUCUCUAGAUUAUAAGAAGGAAGAGCGGCGUGCCCUUGCCAUCAAAUCUCGUGAAGCACCACCUAAAUUUGGGAAUCUUGAUCGCCAAAAACUUAUUGAUGAGCUACAUGAAUAUAUGUUAAGUAAGGCACCUCCUGUUCCUCAACUCAGUGCUUCACAGACGUCAGAAGAACACUCUAGCGAUCAGGAUGGAGAUGCUCAGGCCAAUCAGCAAGAUUCUGCUACCGUGGUUGCUGGGAAUGGGCUCCCAAAUCAGGCCAUAGUUGACAGGGUUGUUGAAGAAGAGCCUGUGGCCCCUGCCAAUGCUAAUCCCCCGCCUGCUGACAUUAGGUUUAUGAGAGAGAUUCCUGCCAGGCCAGAGAUGAGGGUUCAAAGAUCUGCUGAUGACCGCUUGUUUACAUGGGCUGCUGUUGGACUUACCAUUGCAAUUUUGGUUCUUUUGUUCAAGAAGUUUAUGAAAUCUAGCGGACAUGGUGCUGUUUUCAUGGAUGGUUCAUAGUUCCAGCGAGGAUCUGAGAUUUCCUGUGCUCGCUUUGACGGACUAGUUCAAGAAGGAACAAGAAAUCUAUCAAGAUAUUUUAUCUACAUCUGGAGUGGAUCAAUUUGUAUUUUAGUAUGCUUUCUUGAUAAUAUUAAGCUAUUGUAAUUAAUGGUAUAUGUCUGUAGUUAAUUAUCACAUGUAAGCAUGCACUUAUAAGUUUGAUUUUUCUCCUGCUUAUUUGGAUUAAUGAAAUACCAUUUAUCCAAAAGAAAAAAAAAGUUUGAUA